AUUAGUUUUGACCCACAACAAAAAGGUCUAACAAAACUGUUAUUACGUUACUGUAACAAUGUAUUGUGCGAGAAAUGUUGACAUGUUGUGUUAACAAUGUUAAUAGAAAUUCAGAGAAAUAUAAAACAAAUAUUUUAUAGAGAGUAAUUAUAUUUUGUGCAAUUGAAAGCAUGGAUAGAGGAAAAAGCAAGAAGACUGACCGACAUGACAGGGGCCUCAGUGUCGAUGAUAACCAUUGCUUCUAUGAACCAGAGCCAGAUUAUAGCCGUGAUUGUGAUACUUAUAGACCGGACUUUAUACAAAAAGACUAUUUACAAAGUAAUAUUCCUUCACUUUGGAAUCACAAAAACAUUCCCGGUCCUUAUCAAGAGUCAUUAGCUAGUCAGUAUCCUUGGGGUCUUCAUAAAACAACUUCUGAGGAUCGGCUCAAUAGCAGUUUAUCUACAACUUCUACAAACAAACCGAGAUCACGUUGUGCCAUACUAUUUUUCCUAGUAACAGGAAUAGUCACUUUGGUCGGUGGAACUAUAGCAAUCGCUGUGUACUUCACUAGCUUACAAAAUGAAGAGAUUACAACAACCGCACCUACAACGACAAACACGCAGGCUCUACCAGAGGAACUGAUAUAUAAAGGACAUAUACCGAUUGACAGCACAUGGGAUGAAGAAUUAGCAAAUAAUUCGUCUCAAAAAUACCAACGAAAAGCAGAAAAUGUUUCACAUAUGAUCGACAAAGUGUAUCAAUCAAGUGAUUUGAACAAUUUAUACGUCGGGAAUAUUGUCCAAGGAUUUAGGAAAGGUAGCACUGAAGUCAUUGUUGAUCUUACCUUUAAGAAUCCUAAAUUGAAUAAAUCCAGUGUUACGGUAGACAUGAACGAAGGAAUGAUAGCUACUACAUUUGUACAAGUAGUACAAAGUGGUACUGUUGAGGAGGUCAAAGACUUUGAGAUAGACACACAGAAAAUAGCAUUUUCAGAUAUAACUCCUACAGUAUCAGAAUCGACAACAGUGACAACAGCAAGCAAAUCAACUGAGGCAACAAAUAUGGAAACCUCUACUACUAAAUUAGCAUCUACCACGACGCCAACUACCACUAUGGCAAUAAUCACAAGUAGAACAACAACAACAAGAAAAUUUUUCACUAUUCCACCAACAACAACUGAGUCAAAAACGCCUACUUCUACUACACAGCCAUCAACAACAAUUACUACUACAUUUACAACAUCUACUACUCUACCGACAACAAAUGAAAUACCAACAACUGCUACACCAACAACAACUACAACACCGACAACUACUACACCGAAAACAACUACUACACCGACAAUAACUACAACACCAACAACUACUACAUCGACAACAACUACUACACCAACAAUUACAACAACGACAACACCGACAACAAAUACACCAACAACAACUACUACAACAACAACUACAACACCGACAAAUACUUCACCAACAACUACUACAUCGACAACAACUACAACACCGACAACUGCUACAGCGACAACAACUACUACACCUACAACACCGACUACAACUACAACACCGACAACAACUACUACACCGACAACUACAACAACGACAACACCGACAACAAAUACACCAACAACAACUACUACUACAACACCGACAUAUACUACACCAACAACUACUACAUCGACAAAAACUACAACACCGGCAACUGCUACAGCGACAACAACUACUACAACCACAACACCGACAACAACUCCAACACCGACAAGAACUACUACACCAACAACUACUACACCAACAACAACUACACCGACAACAACUACUACACCAUCAGAAACUACUACACCGACAACUAAUACACAGCAUCCAACAACAACUACUUCACCGACUACUACACAGCAACCAAUAACAACUACUACACCGACAACAACAGCAACUACACCAACAACUACUACUCCUCCGACAAAAACAACUACACCGACAACAACUACUACACCGACAACAACAACAACAACUACACCGACAACAACUACUACUUCGACAAUGACUAUUACUACACCGAUAACAACUACUACUACACAAUCUACAACUUCUCCACUACUUACUACUGAAACAACAGUAACUACAUUGGUAAAUUCUACCUCACAAACAUCAACUAUUUUACCAGCAACAACGUCAACUACCACUUCGAAUAAUAUUACUAUCGGUAAGCAGGCAACAACUAUUUCUUCGCCAAAAUCAACAAAUGUUUCUGUGUCUAAACCAAAAAUAACUUCGAUACCAACAGUAACUAUUACUUCGCCAUCAGUAACUUCAGCACCAACUUUUGCCCAAAUGACAUCAACAUUUCUAACUACAACUACCCAAACUAGUUCUACCACACCAAAAAUAAGUUCAACAUCUACUACUCAAAGGACUGCUUUACCAAUGGAUACAUCCUCUCCAUCCACUACCAUGCAACCUGUAACUACUACAACAUCCGAUACUACAAACUCAACUACCCCUUCUUAUCAUGAGUUUACAACAUUUCCAAUCAUAGAAUCACAGAUUGUGUUUGAAGUACAGGCAGUCAUGAGAAAUAUGACCUGGGUAACUGCCUACUCUAACAUAAGCUCACAAGAGUAUCAACAGUUACUGUAUUCUAUUAAUCAGAUGGAUAUAGAAAUACAAAAUUAUAUGUCGUCAAUGGACAAUACAACAAGUAUGUCACGUUCCAUGCCUGUUUCACAGAUUUAUAAAAGAAUGGUCUUGCGGAAUGUCAGUGAAUUUGAUGGUAAUGUUAUGGUGACAUUUGAGUUAAUAUUAAAAGCUCGUUAUGCUAUAAUGCAAGAUGGUUCAACUGUGAUGAUUGAUAGUAGUAUGGUCAAGAAUGUAGUGUCAGUUUCGGUUGGUGUUAAUCAAAUUGACUUACAUGUCAGAGAUUUAGGUUCGCCACCAGAUAUAACAACCCCAGAAGAUGUUGAAUCUACAACGCAUGUUACAGGAAAUACAUCUUCUACGUCGCAGCCACUUGAGAUAUCAUGUUAUGAAAACCAUAAUGCAUCGAAUGGAUGGAUACAAUCCCCUAAUUAUCCAGCAAACUAUCCGAAUUCAAUCAUAUGUAACUAUUGGAUACAGAGUCCAUUGAUGAUGCCAAUAACUUUGUCGUUCAUUGAUUUUGAAGUCGAGGCUAUGAGUAGUGGAUCCUGUUAUGAUUAUGUCGAAAUAUAUGAUGGCAAUUCGUCAUCAGAUCCACGCCUAGCAAAGUAUUGUGGAAGUUCCAUACCAAAUCCGGUAACAGCUUACUCUGCUGAGAUGUUAAUAGUGUUUUACACAGAUAGGACGGUUGUUAAGAGAGGAUUCAAUGCCAUGUUUUUAGAUUCUUCUAUUACUACUAACCUCUCAACGCCGUCGACAGAAUCAUCACCUACAACUACAGCUCAACAAGGAAAUUGUGGUGGAUAUUACUCUGGAUCAAAAGGAAGUAUAACCUCGCCAAAUUAUCCAGGCAACUACCCAAACGACCAAAGAUGUUAUUAUUAUAUUAAUGGUCCUGAGGGUUACAUCAUUAGUUUAAGGUUUACAGAUUUCUAUACAGAAUCCUGCUGCGAUUACAUCAAAGUUUAUGAUGGAGCAAGUAUAUCAUAUCCAAUACUGCUUACUUUAAGAGGUGCAUUUGAUGAAGAAAGAAAAGUCGAAUCAACAAACAAUAUCAUGGUUGUUUAUUUUUAUAGUGAUUAUAGCAUUACAAAAUCCGGAUUCAGAGCUGUUUAUACAUCAGAUAUCAAAGGAUGUGCUGUUGACCAAAUACAAUGCUCAACCGUAUUGGAAUGCAUUUCUGUUUAUAAUCUUUGCGAUGGGAUUGAGGACUGUAGCAAUGGAUUUGAUGAACAAUAUUGUCAAAACUAUACAUUAUUGACAAGUACGCCAAACACAGUAUCCAGUAGUACUAUCACAACAGAUUUCAUACAAGGAAGCACAGCUCCAUCAACAUCCAGUAAAAUUGAAAUCCGACUUGUAAAUGGUUCUAGCUGCCUAGAAGGACGAGUAGAAAUAAAACUAAAUGGACUUUGGGGAACAAUAUCAACAUCUAGUUUUACAUAUAGAGAGGCUGGUGUCAUAUGUCAAACUUUAGGAUACAGUGGAGACGGUGCCAUGCCAUUUAACUAUGGAUACUUUGGAAAAGCUGACAGUAAUGUGCCAGUAUGGUAUACUUACUUAUACUGUUAUAGUGUAAACUCAAGGUUGGAAGAUUGUUCCAGGUCUUUGAAUGGUCCUGGCGAUCAUGAUUAUGAUGUUGGUGUUAGAUGUAAAAUAGGUGCGCAUGGAUCUGAGUAUUAUUGUUCUUUCCAAUCAGACUGUACUUUCCUGACAGCUUUUUCUACAAGUAGAGUGUAUUGGUCCACAAGAAAUGGUUGUACUGGAUCAAGUAAUACUGGUCCCUGUGGAGGUUAUGAUAAUAACACAAAUAGUUACUACAUAUAUUUGGAAACUAGUUCUGGUUACGAAGGAGAUAAAGCAGAGCUGAAAACUUCAGUUUCGUUUGAUGUAUGGCCGAGAUGUUUAUCGUUUUACUACCACAUGUAUGGUGAUACGGUAAAUGAGCUUCAGGUCAGGGUCGUUAGCAAUUACAACCAAAAUGGAACAGUUAUCUGGUCAGGCAGGAAUAACCAGGGAAACAUUUGGCAUUUUGUUAGUUUGGAUAUAUCACCAUUACUUGGAUUAGAGGUAAAAUUUGUUGGCAUGCGUGGCUCAUCAUAUACAGGUGAUAUUGCAUUAGAUGAAAUGAAACUUACAAGAGGAACAUGUGAUUCAGGUUCCACUACAUUUGUUUGUCCGAUCGAUAAAGAAGAAGCUGGGGUCAAUUGCACAUUUAGUACAAGUGCGGCCUGUAACUAUACUAUAGAUAUUGAACAAGGGACGAAUGUAUGGAGAUAUAAAAGUCAAUUAACACACGGAAAGAAUUUACCUAUUGUUGAUGUUUCUGGAACUCCUUACGGAUAUUUCUUCUACCAGAACAGUAACGGGACAGAAGAAAAUUCAGCAAGUUUGUUUUCCCCAUUUUUUUUGCCAUCACCAAUAUCAACGUUACAUUUUUACUCCUACUUCGGUGGAAUAAAUUUCGGAUCUCUAAGAGUCUCCACUAUAAUGAGCAGUGGUCAGAAGACCUCUUUAUGGUUUAAACAGGUAGAACAGGAUCCGGGAUGGCUUUUGUCAUGUGUUCCUUUUAAAGAGCAUACAGAAGUGUCACUUGAAUUUAUAGCAACAGGAAGCAGUGAUGGGGAUAGUGUUAUUGCAAUAGACAAUGUAACAGUUUCUGAUAAUCCCUGCCGAUAUGGGAUAUUAGAAAAACUGUGUGACUUUAGUCAGCCAUUUAUGUGUGGGUAUGAUGUGACAAAUCAAUCACAGAUGUAUAGAUGGAUAAGGCAUUCUGGAUCAACACCUACAGAACAAACCGGACCAAAAACUGACACGUCCAAUGGCGGAUACUACAUGUAUGCUGAUGCUUGUUUUGGAAACCUUGGUGAUGCUUCAAUGUUAAAUUUUCCGCAAUUCAACUCUACUGGAAGUCAAAAUAUACUGUUUAAAUAUCAUAUGUUUGGAAAGGACAUAGGUACAUUGCUUGUGAAAGCCAAAAACGAAGACGAUAAGUCCGUUAUUACACUUUUGAGUUUGACUGGUAGCCAGAAUAGCGACUGGGUGCAAGUCUGUGUUCCUCUGACAAUAACAGCUGGGACGAAAACAGAAAUUACUUUCAUAGCAAUUAGAGGUAAUGGGAUGCUGGGGGAUAUUGCUAUUGACGACCUUCUUGUAACAGAACAUGAUUGCCCACAUAAUGUAUCAUGUGACUUUUCCUACGGAACAUGUGACUAUGAAACUAUUCAAAGUACUAAUGGAGUGAAAUGGGUCAAGGGUCAACGUACUGACGUCUCAAGUGACAAUACCAUGGGAAAUUAUUUUUAUGUUAUGAGUGAUAAUUCAGCAGGAGGUACACAAACGUACCUGUUCUCAAAAUAUUUUCAAGCACUUGGUGGCGAGAGUGUUUCAUUUCAUUACUUAAAUACUCAGUACACCAUGUUUGAGAUUGGUUAUAUCAAUACCCUGUCUGGAAAUGCUACUACGUAUGAUAUACAAUACAGUGAUAUUAAUAUCCUAUAUACAACAACAAGCCGAGCUGAUCGUUGGACUAGAAAAUGUAUAAAUUUAGGUGCUGUAACUGGGACUAUAGCUAUCACCUUUGUACAUACAAGUAGGGACUUGAACAGUCGGUUAACUGCGGUUGAUGAAAUUGAUGUUUCAAUGUUUGGUUGUCAGGAAGGUAUUUAUGAAUCUAUUUGUGGAUUUGAGCCAUCUGAUUUAUGCGGAUAUAAUAUUAUUACACCAGACAAUUGUCCUACCGAAAAUACCUACAGUUGGACUAAGCAUAGACUUACAGGAAAUAACGUUUUGUUAGCCAAUGGUUCGUUAGGAAGGACAGGCGAUACAGCAUUAGUAGAGUUUCCAAGCAAAUCUUUAUCAUCUAUGAAGUACCUUCAUUUCAAUUAUCUAAUUGAAAAUUGGAAAAGUGAAAGAAAUUUGAUGUUUUCAAUCAGUGAGGAUAAUUUUACAUCAGUUAUGCCAACAAGUCCGUACAUAUCUGCCUGGCAGAAUUAUUGCCUAGCUAUAUCAUCUCCCAAGACAGUCAGCUUUAUGAUCAAGGCUGAACGUACAUCAACAAACGAUGAUGCUGAUGUAUACAUUGAUGAUGUUGUUUUGUCAUCUGAUGCUUGUCCAGCUAAGUCAGUAACAUGUGAUUUUAAUGAUGCAUUCUUGUGCGGAUACUAUUCGUCUGGUGCCUGGGAAAGUGCUGAACAUGAUUCAAGGACUGGUGAUUAUUACAUGAAGAGUAUUCCCGUUAGAUUACUCAACUCUUCUUUAGUAUCUCCAAGCAAUGAUGUUACCGAUGAUAUCCAGUGUGUUCAAUUCAAUUAUAUAUUUACCGCAAGUUCAAAUGCACAUUUAAGACUUAUACUUUACCGCGGAAACUCCGAGUCGACGAAAAUCAGUUUACAAAAGGCAGAUGAUUGGAAACAUUUUCUUUACGAGACAAGGGAAACAUUUACUUUCCUUGUAUUUCUCCUGGAACCAUUUAAUACGAACAUAGGAGGGAGUGUGGAAGCAGGGAUCGACAAUGUAUCUCUUUCAAAAGGAGAUUGUUCUCAUGUUGAUUGUGAGACUGGUGAAUAUAGAUGCGCAUCUGGACUGCAAUGCAUUUCACAAUCCUAUGUAUGUGAUGGAUUGAUCAAUUGUUAUGAUGGCAGCGACGAAAAGUCGUGUGCUGGUUCCAUCUCGUGCGACUUUGAGUCUCCAAGGAUUUGCGAUUAUAGACUUACAGGCAGUAAUAUCAUCAGAGUAAAUGACACAGAUGGAGAUCAUCAUAUAUCAAUCUUCUUAAACGGUUUUCAUUUGCUGCAGUCUUCUAUAGAAUUUAUACCAACAGUGUCAUGUUUGUCCUUUUUGGCAAAAUCAACGGAUUAUCUAUCCAACGGUAACUUAAGAAUAGCUUUAGAAGAUAGUGAUGGACUACUGCAUCCAUUAUACACAAUAAACAGUAUGAAAGUUACAUCGUUUUGGAACCAGUAUAGGAUCACAGUUCCCUUUGGAAAUUACAGUAUUGCCUUUGAGAUGCUGUUUCCCACGUCCUACUACUAUUAUGGGUAUCUACAUAUAGAUAAUAUCAAUAUACAGUCUGGAGAAUGUGGUGACGGCUGUGGAGACGGUUACUUCAAUUGUGCAGCUGAUGAUAUUUGCAUACCUGAGCAGAAUGUUUGUGAUAGACAAUGGACAUGCUCAGAUGGAAAGGAUGAAUUAUCAUGUGAUUACAGUAUUAGCUGUACAUUUGAUGAGGAUCACCUAUGUGAAUAUGACGUUGGAUCCUGGAUGUCUAGUGCAACCGACUCCGUUUCUGAGUUCUACCUGCCGGACCACACUUUUAAUAAUUCGUCUGGAUCAUUCAUGUAUACAGGGGACUUAAAUGGAAUAUACAAGAACAAAGAAAUGAAUUCUCCCUCACUUCAAACAAAUAGACAGUCAUGUGUGGAAUUUUAUUACGCUUUUGUCAGAUCUCAUCAGUAUUCGUCAUCAUUUUUAAAAAUUAUUACGAACACCAGCUUCCAACUGACGGAAGUGUUUGCAUUGGUUGAAUAUCAGGAAGUUGAUAAUCUGCAGUGGAAAAAAGGUGAAUUUGAUUUAAGAGCUGGAUCAUAUUCGCUGAAAUUUAUUGCUGGAGGCCAUAUGUCAGCUGUAGCCAUUGAUGAUAUAUUCGUGUAUGAAGGAAAUUGUGCAGAAUUGAAUGAGACUGUAUUUGACCCAGAGCUUACAUCCAGUGCAAUUGUCCAAGAAACAACAGCUUCUCCUUUGGAAUCAACAACACAUAUGUUAAGUUCAAAUACUUGUUACCAACAUUACACGGCGGUGUGUUCUAGCUAUUUUGGAUUAACUUUUACAAGGUUUCCGAAUGUGUUUGGUCAUCAGGAUUAUAAUGAAGCAUUUACAAUGUGGAACUACAUGUAUAGUCAGUCUAGAAACUCUAUUAGUGCAUGUGAAAUGUUAUUUACCAAUUUGAUGUGUUCUGCUUUAUUCCCUGUAUGUCUGGGUGGUGACACCAAGCAAGUUUGUCAAAAGAGUUGUCUCGAUACAUUUGAAACAUUAUUUUCCGGAACUUGUGAUUACAACGCCACAAUGCCAGACCAAUAUGAUUUAAUUUACUACUGUGGAAUACUACGAGACGAUGAUGACUGUAUUACAUUACCAGAUUACGUUGCAAAUUACAGUGCAGGAGCAACCACAACAGAUAGUCAGAUAACAAAUGAUAUACAAGUACGAUUGGUUGAUGGUGGCAGUGACCAUGAAGGUCGUGUAGAAAUAUUCUAUAUUAACGAGUGGGGAACAAUUUGUGAUGACAGUUGGGACAACAGAGAUGCUCAAGUUAUCUGCCGUAUGCUCAACAAGAAAAGUAAUGGUGCCAUUGCUAAACAACGUGCAUAUUAUGGAGUUGGAAGUGGUCGAAUUUGGCUAGACGAUGUAAACUGUACUGGGAGUGAAAUAACUAUAACGCAAUGUAGCAACAGGGGAUGGGGUUCCCAUAACUGUGGACAUAGUGAAGAUGCAUCUGUCAUAUGUGGAGUUGAAGUGAACAUUUCACAUUUGGCAAUUAUACCAACAAUAUCAGAGAGAGAUGGGAUAGUAGAAAUGGUGGCCAAUGGGCAUUUUGGUUAUCUUUACUGUAAUGAGCAAACAUACUGUCCUACAUUGGUCUGUCAGUAUUUGGGAUACAGAUCUGGGUCUAUUAAGAACAGUUAUUAUGAAUCGGGUUUACCUUAUCUUGAAGUAGUUUGUAAUUCAGCAACAACACAACUAACCGACUGUGGGAUUUCGUCUAUAACUUCUAAUUAUUAUUUAUCUGCAGUAGAGUGUGUUGAUGAUAAUGAAGGGAUUGACUGCAAGUUUGGAUAUAACUACCAAGAAGCAUGCUCUUAUAGAGUCAAUAACUAUGGGAAUGGAUGGUCCUUUGUCAAUAAUGGGUAUGCCUUGUACUCAUACAACGGUAAUACAUCAUCAGAAUUGAUAUCAAAUCCAUUUACAACAAUUUCUGGUAGCAGUAUACGAGUCAAUUUAACAAUUUUGUCAUCAACCCAAAGAUUACACUUUCGGCUACAUGCAGGAGAUACAAUUGUUGAUCUUGGAUAUGCUGUUUCUGGUGAAACAAGUGCGUGUCUAGACUUACCACCCUCACUAGUUGGACGUUUGAUCGUAACAGGAUAUUCUUUAAUACCUAUUUCUAGUAACAGUCUUGUGGCAUAUGUUUAUGAUAUAAAAAUAUAUCAAGCUGAAACAUGUCCAAAGCCUUUCCCCUACGGCGCAUGUCAGUUUGAUUGGAAUUGUCAUGUGAAUAUCGAAUGUUCAACAUCAAUUGCUGAUCCUAUACCAUUUCAGUGGGUACAAACUUAUCAAAAUACGCCUGAACACAAAUAUAUGAGAGCUGAUGCGUCAUUUGGAAGACUGGGCGAAAAGGCGAGAUUUUCCAUACCACUGAAUGUAACAACCAAUCAGAACUUAAAAUUGAAAUACAGAAACACGGCAACACGAACUGAUAGUUCAGGGUUAAAUUCUUUACAGAUCAAUCUUAAUCACAAUGAAGAAAAAGAGCAGAUUUUCGAGAGUUUAAACUUUAACACAUAUGGAUCAUGGGAACCAGUCUGCGUAUCAAUGUUAUAUAGAAACACAGGAAAUAUAACAGAUGGUGAUAUUGAAUUUAUUGCAACAAGAGGCUCCUCAUAUUUAGAUGAUAUAGAGGUUGAUGGUGUUGAAUUGAUUGAAAGAGAAUGUCCACAUUUCGCUUCUUGUGAUUUCCAAUUUGCAACAUAUUGUCAUUAUACAAAAGUUUCGGAUUCUAGUUUUUCUUGGCAUUGGGGAACAUAUACCUUGGCUCAUAAUUAUACACAGAAUAUACCAAAAACUGAUGAUACAGAGAAAACACGCAUUGGAGGAUACAUGUACACAUCAAGUUGUCAACCCCUUGGAAAUGAAAGUGAAGGGGACAUAACUAGUCUAACGACACCCUUGUUUGAAAUUAGAUCAUCAAGAUCAAUGACAGCAUCAUUUAACUACUACAUGAACGGCUUGACUACUGGGGCAUUUAAAGUCUACGUAAACAAACAUCAUGAUCCUGUCGUGUCCACUGAGAUGUUGUCCCUAAAUUCCACACAAAGAAGUGAGUGGUCAUAUUCCUGUAUUAACCUUCCAAGAGAAAAUGUUACAUUGUCAAUCACGUUUUCUGCUAUAUUGGGCGAGGGAUGUGACUCAGUGUAUGCUAUUGAUGACGUUUUGAUUUCAGAUGGUAUAUGCGCAGACCACUUAAAUGAAGUAACAUGCAGCUUUGAGGGGAUGAACUCCUGCAAGUAUUUUACAAAUAGUACCAAAGGAUCCAACUAUCAGUGGACCAGGCGAAGAGGGAGGACACCUUCGGAAAUGACUGGCCCCUAUGGCGAUGCAGACGGGGACUUUAAUGGUCAUUUUAUGUAUGCAGCGAGCUCCAAUGGACAACCGGGGGACAUGACAUACUUAUUAUUUCCAUCAUUCAUUAGUUAUAAUCCAAGCAGUUUGCAUUUCUCUUACAAUAUGUGGGGUACCGACAUUGGUACUUUGGAUAUCCAGUCACAAAACAUUGCAUCGUCUACUGUUACCCAACUUUGGACCAGAACAGGAGAACAGGGUCAAUACUGGAUCAAAGACUGUGUUCCGAUUACAACAAAUAUGGUACAGAAAAUUCAGUUUGUAGCAACCAAAGUUGCGGGACUUUAUGGUGAUAUCGCAGUGGAUAACAUAUACGUUGUUGAAGGAAGUUGCUCAGAUAAAAGCUUGGUAUGUGAUUUUGAAGACGGUACUUUUCUAUGUGGAUACAUUAAUGGGACAUCUUUUACAAAUGUAGGCAAUUGGAUAUCGGUAUUACAUAACUCUGACAAUGUUGCUGCAAAGGCUAGUUCUGAAAACGGAAGAUUUAUAUGGUCUGCAUCUAACACAAAUGAAUCAAUCCUAUUAUCACCCGAAUCAGCAGUAUCGUCACCAAUGUGCAUAACUUUCCAAUAUUAUACCAAGUUUCAACAACGAUUUGGUGGAUCACUGUCUAUAUCUGUAACACAAAUAUCAUCUAGUAGAAAUGAGAGUUUUUUUAACGUUUGGAGCACAAAUAUGGACACUGGAAAUACCUGGAAAACCGGUCACUUUAAAUUGCCUUUUAACGACACAAAUAACCAUUACCGUAUGAUGGUAUACAAGUCAAACGGAGAGGUUGGGUUGGAUAACAUCAAUGUUUCGUCUACAGGAUGCAUUACAUUAUCAAGCAGUCUUAGUUGUGAUUUUGAAGAUUCAUAUAUGUGUGGAUAUAAAAGUGCUACUAUGAAUGCCAAACAAGUGAUAUACCAAGACUGGAUUUAUGAUCACACAUAUCAAAAUAUAUCAGGAACAUUUUAUGGAAUGGUUAGUUAUUUGGGAUACAGUUUUAGUUUCACCUCACCAGUACAGAAGGUACCGACCAUUUCCUGUCUGUCAAUGUAUUAUAUAGGUCACGUUAACCUUUUUGAAUUUGAGAUUGAAUACACCUCCAGGAACAGUUUCACAAAUACCAGAACAAACUUUUCAGAUGCAACGAUGACAGACUUGUCUAAUGUUUGGAAACCAGCUCAGUGGACAGUUGACCAAGGAGAAAUUAAAAUCAACUUUUUGAUUAGCGAUAACAAUUAUGAUGUAAAAUACUUUGGACUAGAUGACGUCAAAUUAACCCCUGGAGAAUGUCCUUCUUUAGUGUGUCCUGUUGAUCUUGUUCCUUGCCAAGAUGAUGGUAUAUGUAUACAGGAAAAAGUGGAAUGCGAUCACAUAUUGCAGUGUCCCUCUGGUGAAGAUGAAGCUGAUUGUCCUGUGGCUAUUAAUUGCGACUUUGAAAUGCAGUAUGCUUGUGGAUACUUAUUGGGAAGCAAUUUUGUCUGGAGAGAUGCCUUUGUUCAUCAUUUGCCAGCUGUUGAUCACACUUUUGGUCAAAAUGGUACAGGCCACUUCAUGUUUUUCACUUCUGACUCAAGACAGACAGGAACUUUGUACUCCCCUCCUUUUGUAACAACACCUAGUGGUUGUGUCAAAUUUUACUACAAUAUGGAAGGUGGCGUGUCAGCAGAGCUGAAAGUUUAUGUACAGAAAAGUGGAACCCGGUCAAUGGUGUUUUACGCAAAUGGAAUUUAUAUUGAUAGAGAUGAAUGGCAGGAAGGACAUUUUGAGUUACCCGCAGGGGAGACAAGGAUCGAGUUUGUUGCAUAUGGAGACGUCUCAUUUUUAAGUCCUGGCAUCGUCGCUAUUGAUGAUGUUUCUUUCACAGAGGGAGUAAAUUGUCCAAAUCUUGAUUGUUAUAAUACUAGAAAUAAAUUUGAAUGUGCAUAUUCUGGAGUAUGUAUUCCAGAAUUCCUAACUAGAGAUGGCUACAAAGAUUGUUUGGAUGGAUCAGAUGAAGCUCUUAUUACAAAUACAGAUGACGUUGAAAGCAUUGACAGCUCCACCGAUAAUGUGAUAAGUGCCUGUUCUUUUGAAUCAUUGACAGAGGCCGGUUGUUUGUUUUUUAACGAUCAGUCGGGUGCAGACGAUGCCGACUGGAGAAGACAUACUGGUGCAACAGGUUCAACAAAUACAGGUCCAGAUGAAGCUGUUGGUGGUGAUUAUUAUCUGUACAUAGAGACCUCAUCGGGAACUAUGGCAUUGGGAGAACAUGCUCGAUAUGUAUCAACUAUUCUGAAUCCAGAUACAGAGAUUUGUUUAUCGUUUUAUUAUCAUAUGUAUGGCGACACCAUGGGAACAUUAGAAGUUAUUUUGGACACACCGGAGUUCAAUCAAACCAUCUUCAACAAAUCAUCUGACCAGGGUAACCAAUGGUAUUUUCAGAAACUCUAUAUUCAGCCUAGAAAUAAUCUGCAGAUUGUGUUUAAUGCAAUUGACGGAAAUGGUUACCAGGGAGACAUAGCAUUGGAUCAUAUCAUGCUGUUCUUAGGGGAAUGUGGUAACUACACUCUUUCUAAUGUAAACAAGGAAUUGAUGGUUUCUAUUCGUUUGGUGGGUGGACAAACUAAUGCAACAGGACGAUUAGAAAUACAAGAUGCGAAAGGAGGUUUCUUUUUACCUGUCUGUUCGGGUUAUCAAUAUUGGGACAACGAUGACUCCAUGGUGGCUUGUCGACAGCUUGGAUACAAUAAUUCGAGAAUGCAUACAUUGUCAGAGUACGGUAAAGGUCGACCCCAGAGGUCUAGAUUUGGUUAUACCUUCUACUGCGACGGUACUGAGGAUAACCUUAGAGGUUGUGCUAAAGCCACAGUUUCAUGUUCCACCUAUACUGAUGUAGUUGCUUUAGAUUGUUCAAAUACAGAAUGUUUUGAGAACGAGUACAGUUGUGGUGACUCAGAUAAGACGUGUAUUUCCAUGGGUUUGGUAUGUGAUGGGAAUGUAGACUGCCCUAAUUUAGCAGAUGAACAGAAUUGCGCAUCAUGUGGUAACGAUCAGUUUGAAUGCAGUAACCAUGAAUGUGUUCCAUUGAUUAACCGCUGUGAUGGAAUGCCAAACUGCAUUGACAAAUCGGAUGAAUUCAGAUGUGUGCAAAGAGACAGUAAUGGCCAAAUCUCCAUAUAUAGAGAUGGAACAUGGAUUUUGUUAUGUUAUACCACUGACAUCACUUUAGCAGAAUACCUGUGUAGCAUAACAGGAUACGGCUCUUACAACAGUCUCUCUGCUGGAGUAACAAUAAAUGACGGGUUCCUCGCUCAACCUGGCUCGAAUCCCAAUGGCGUUAUUGCAAACUAUAUAUUAUAUUCACAAACGUCCUGUAAUACAUUAACUCUCCAGUGUGGGGACAUAGAGUGCGGAGUUCCUUCUGUUUCGUCAACAUCUGUUGGCUCGUAUGUACUGUAUGGUAAUGAUGCCGUCCAAGGAGAGUGGCCAUGGCAAAGCUUGUUCUUUAUGGAUGGAAGUUCUGGAUGUGGUGCCACGUUAGUUGACCCUUACUAUGCAAUCACAGCAGCACAUUGUGUCGAGAGUUGGAGUUCCUUUAUGAUUCAUGUUGGGGAAGUCAAAGAAUCGGAAAUGUUGGGACCCGACGACCAUGGACAAAGAAUAGCAGUAGCUCAAGUAAUAUCUCAUCCUGAUUAUCGUGGAAGCAGUACAGGUUGGAAGUCAGACGUAGCAAUACUAAGGCUUUCGCAAGCAGCUAACUACAAUGAUAAUGUCAGACCUGCCUGUCUUGCAACAGAAAUCGAAAAAAGUUUUGAAAACUGUUAUAUAACAGGAUGGGGAUAUAAGGAAGAUGUUGAACACGUAUCAUCAACACCAGACAACUUACAGGAGGCACGAGUAGAUGUCAACGUAGACAUAGACAGAUGUAACAAAUCAUAUCAAGCCAUUGGACUUAAUCUGCCACCGACAUCUGUUUGUGUAGAAAAUAAGAACCCUUAUGCUGCAGCAUGUAACGGCGAUUCAGGAGGACCUUUAGUAUGUCAGAACAAGUAUGGUCGAUGGGAAUUAGUAGGAGUAACUAGCUUUGGUAUAAGAGGAUGUCGUGUAGACCAGAUCCCCAGUAUUUAUCAAAGCAUACCAUAUCACAUUGAUUGGAUUGUACAGAACACAGGUAUACAGAUUAAUAGGAAUAGUAUACCUACCCCGCCACCAGGGACAUAAAUGUUUUCUUACUUCCAGUACCAGUCAUUUAACUGAUUAUUAUGGAACUAAUGUCUUUUUAGUUUUUUAUAAUUGAAAUGAAGGACUAUAGGCUGAUUUUAUUUUAAAUAAAGCAUACAAUUUAGUGAAAAUGUGUACCAUCAAUAUAUAUAUCAUUACUUUUUUUAAUUCAGAAUUGAUUUCAAUGGUAACUUAACUUACUUUUGGCUAUAGUGUCAGACUAGUUUAAAUGUAAAUAAUUUGUUCUUGGACAUUAUUUUAGUUGGCGUUAAUCAAUUACCGUCGUGUAGAAGUUGAACCUGAUUUAUUUUCAUAUAUUAACUCGUCACUUUGUGAAUUUUCAAGUCGAAUGUAGUUUAAAUUGUUUUAUUUAUGAAGAAUCUUAUUCACUUUGCCUUCCGUAGUGAAAUUUGUCAGUAACACACAACUUUAUAAAUACAAAAAUUAAGAAAAUUUAUUAUGAUUGCUAAUGAACCACUAUCUUAGAGUUCAAAUAAUGUUGAUAUACGCGAUUAGACCGUUUCCUCGUGCAAUAUUUCAAUGUGCCAUUGUAUGCAAUUUUAUGUUAAAAGGAAAGUUAUAAAAUAUAUAAAUAAACCCGUUCCUUCUUCAUGUA